AUGGAUAUAUUUGUGACUGAUACCCUGUUCUAUACGAUUUGUGAUUGCAUGUAUUACGCUGUACCUGGUUAUUACGGUGCUUACAAGACCGGAAAAGCAGCCGUCGAAGGCAGUUUUACGCUGUUUGAUAACAUUUUGAAGCUCAUAAUGUUUGGUGCGCUGAUCGGGACGGAUAUUGCGAUAGUUGCGAAGCUGUACAGAAUGAAGGUCUUGGGAAAUCAUCCGCGUAGAAGAGUAGAAGCAGCACCUCCAACUGUGAUGUCCACGCAUUCCGAGGUAGCUUCACCAAGAAGUGCCACGCUAAUGGAGCCAAAUUCCAACGGAAGCCGCGCGGUGCGUAGACCUAUGGUAAGGGAAAUCCCGAAGAGCCAAGCCGACAUGGGAAUUGAGCACCGGGUGAAGAGGGGAGAGGUCUCGAUGAUGUCAAAUCACAGAAGUUUCGGAGCCAAAAAUCACGAUGAAAGCUAUGGCAACGGUACCGGAGUCAUGGAUCACGAC